GACGUGACGGACGCUCUUAUUCAGUGGUUGCCGGCUUCCACGUGGAGGCAAACCCUCUUGCUCGUGUGUGCAGUUUCUCUUUGUUUUGAUGUAUCGCGUGUGAUCGACGUACAAGUGAUUCUUCGGUGUGACAGUGAAAACAGAAGACGGUUAUAUCGCGGCGCGGCCUUUCAGUUCCCGUUUCGGUUCCGUCGCGUUUCCGUUUACUUUCGUUUCCGUGUUCGGUUCGCGCGUUACCGUUUACCCUUUCGAUUUCGCGUUUCGCACGUAAAAGGUUCCGUUGCGCCUAAUCCGGCGAACGCACUCGAGUGAGCACACAACAGUGGCGCGAGAAGCGGCGCGCUUCGUUCGUGACAGUCGAGAACAGAUCGCGAGGGUGUUUUACCGGUCAGGAUAUUUUUUUUUGGAUUACCUGAAGCCAAGCUGAGGAAGGAGGGGCUGGCUCGCGGGACCGGCGCACGAAUUUCGAAAUUUGAAAAAAAGCCGGCAGCACCCCGUCGACCAUAGAAGCCGGGAAAGACGAAGAAGCCCGGUCCCCUCGUUCCGCCGGGGCGAACGACGGAUUCCUCCAUCCAAAACCACUGACGAUGAGCUAGCGACACGAUGCGGAGGAUGAAGCAGCUAGUGCUGCUCGCCUGGCCAUGGUUGUGGCUGUGGCUGUUCGCGGCCACAGCGGGUACCCCGUCUUCCGACGCGUUCGCGUCGACGACCUUCUCCUCGUCGUCUGGCUCUGGCAGCGUCAGCAGCAGCAACACCGGAGCCAGCAGCUCCGUGACCAAACCGUUCAGCCAGCUGAUCCCGACGUCGACGUUCUCCUCGGUGACCGAGGAGCUCUCUAUCCCGUCCGACCACCGAGACUUCCGGUUCACCCGGCCGCUCUACAAUGUCUCGAUCCCGGAGAACUCGCUCGGGAAGACGUACGUGGUACCCGAGGAGCGGAUGGGCAUCCGGCUCGCGUCCCCGGACGAGAGCCUGGACGUCAGGUUCCGUAUAAUGAGCGGCGACCGGGACAAGUACUUCAAGGCCGAGGAGCGCACCGUCGGCGACUUUUGUUUCCUAUUGAUUCGGACUCGAACCGGGAACGUGGACGUGUUGAACCGCGAGCGGAAGGACCGCUAUGUGCUCGAAGUGCGCGCCACCGCGACCCUAACCGGCAACGGUAAGAACAACAGGCCCGGCGACGUCCUCGAGGCGAACACGACCGUCGUCGUGACCAUCCUGGACACGAACGACCUGAACCCGCUGUUCUAUCCGACCGAGUACGAGACGACCAUCACCGAGGACACGCCCCUGCACCGCAACAUACUCAGGGUAAUCGCCGAGGACGCCGAUCUCGGGAGGAACGGCGAGAUUUAUUAUAGCUUCGCCGAAGAGACCGAUCAGUUCGCCGUUCACCCGGUCAGUGGGGUAAUAACGCUCACCAGGCCGCUCAGGUACUCCCAAAAGCCGAUCCACAAGCUGGUGGUACUAGCGAAGGACCGUGGGCCAGUGAUCCGCAGCACGAGCCGGCCGAGCACGGCCAAGGUGACGAUCAGAGUGCGUCAGGUGAACCUGCACGGACCGGAGAUCUACGUGCACCAUUUGCCGGACAUCGUGGAACAUUCGAACGCCGACAUUUACGCGAUCGUUCGCGUGGUAGACCAGGACGAGGGCGUGCACGGUGAGAUCGCGAGCUUGGAGAUAGUGGGUGGCGAUCCGGCGGGUCACUUCAGGGUGCGGCCGGCCAGCGGCGGGCACCCCGGCGAGUACAACAUCGAGCUGCUGCACCUGCUGGACCGCGAGACGGCGGUGCAAGGGUACAACCUGACGCUGAAAGCGACGGACCGGGGCGUGCCGCAACGUUCCAGCUACAAAUUCGUGCCUGUCCACCUGGCGGACAUGAACGACAACGCGCCGGUGUUCAGCCGCGAGAUCUACGAGGUGAAGGUGCCGGAGACCGCGCCGGUGAACACGCCGGUGAUAAGGCUGAAGGUGACGGACGCGGACGAGGGCAGGAACGCGCUGGUGUUCCUGCAGAUCGUGGGCGGCAACGAGGGCGGCGAGUUCUACGUGAACGCCGAGACCGGGAUGCUCUACACCGCGAUGAGCCUGGACGCCGAGAAGAAGGCGUUCUACACGCUGACGGUGUCCGCCGUUGACCAAGGGAACGCCGGCAUGAGGAAGCAGUCGUCGGCGAAGGUGAAGAUCAACGUGGUGGACACGAACGACAACGAUCCGACGUUCGAGCAGUCGUCGAGGGAGGUGUCGAUCGACGAGAACGAGCCGGCCGGCGCCUCCGUCGUCAAGAUCACCGCGAAGGACCGGGACUCCGGCGAGAACGCUUACAUCUCGUACAGCAUCGACAACAUCCGGAAGGUGCCGUUCGAGAUCGACCAUUUCUCCGGCGUGGUGAGGACCAAGCAGGUGCUCGACUACGAGACCAUGAAGAGGGAGUACCUGCUGCACGUGCGGGUCAGCGACUGGGGCCUGCCGUAUCGCCGGCAAGCGGAGAUGCAGCUGCGCGUGAAGCUGCGGGACGUGAACGACAACCGGCCGCAGUUCGAGAGGAUCGAUUGCACCGGGCACGUGCCGCGGUACCUGCCCAUCGGCACGGAAGUGAUCGUGGUGUCGGCGAUCGACUUCGACGCGGAGAACAUCAUCGGCUAUCGCAUCGUCUCCGGGAGCGAGGACGGCUGCUUCGCCCUGGACUCCGCCAGCGGCGUCCUGUCCGUCACCUGCGACCUCACCGACGUCAAGUCCACCGACAGGAUCGUGAACGUCACCGCCACCGACGGCACCCACUUCGCCGACGUGAACCCCGUGCACCUGCACCUGGUGAACGCGAAGAGGAACCUCGGCUCGCAGGGCAGGAUCCUGUCGGAGCAGGCCGGCGCGUUCGAGUGCCGCGACACGGGCGUCGCCAGGAGGCUGACGGAAGCCAUGGCCUCCGCCGAGAGGAACAACAUUCCGUCGGAGGACGACAAGUACACCCUGACGCCCAGCAGAUACGGCGAGAACAUGCACACGCCGGAGUUCGUCGACUUCCCCAGCGAGAUUAAGGUGAACGAGUCCGCGAAGGUGGGGACGACGCUGGUCAGGCUGCAGGCCAGGGACAAGGACCUGGACUACAACGGGAAGCUGGUGUUCUGCAUCUCCAGCGGGGACAGGGACUCGGUGUUCGGCGUGGACCCGGACACCGGUGAUCUGAACGUGAUCGGCUACCUGGACCGGGAACGGGAGAGCGAGUACUUCUUGAACAUCAGCGUGUACGACCUGGGCAAGCCGCAGAAGUCCACCUCGAAGAUGCUACCAGUUACUAUUUUGGACGUGAACGACAACGCGCCGAAGUUCGAGAAGUCCCUAGCCAGCUUCCAGAUCUCGGAGACCGCGUUGAACGGGACGAACGUGUGGCGAGCGAACGCCACCGACGCCGACCUUGGGGAAAACGCGCGGGUCACCUAUUCGUUGGUCACGGAGACCAACGAUUUCCGCGUGGACCCUAUCACCGGCGUGCUGACCAUCUUCGGCAGGCUGGACAGGGAGCGGCAGGAGAUCUACGAGCUGAGGAUCCGGGCGCAAGACAACGGCGGCAAAGGGACCGACAUGCCGCCGCUGUAUUCCGACGCGUUGGUCAGGGUGACCGUCGACGAUAUCAACGACAACGCGCCGACGUUCGCGCUGACCAGCUACACCGUGAAGAUCCGCGAGGACGUGCCGGUUUGGACGGUGGUAGCUGUCGUCGACGCAACCGAUCCGGACGAGGGACCCGGCGGCGACAUCGAGUACUUCCUGUCCGAUGCCAUGGAGAGCGAGGGCUACUUCAAGGUCGACAGCAUGUCCGGCACUAUCAGGACCACGCAGAGCCUCGACUUCGAAGAGCGUCAGGUGCACACGCUGACGAUCGUCGCGAAGGAUCGCGGGGAACCGAUCUUGACCAGCGAGACGAUGGUCAUCAUCGAGGUCGUAGACGUGAAUGAGAACUUGCAUCCGCCGGUUUUUGAGGACUUCGUCGUGUCCGCGAGUGUUUUCGAGAACCAACCUAUCGGCACCCUGGUGGCCACUGUGCGCGCCAAGGACGCCGAUCAUCUGGGAGGAGACUCCAGGAUUGGAUACAGCAUCCGGGGCGGCGAUGGCAUCGGGAUCUUCAGCAUCGACAACAAAGGCAAUAUCAGAACCAGAGCCGUGCUCGACGUCGAGUCGAAAAGAGGAUACUGGCUGACUGUGUUCGCACAGGACCAUGGUGUGGUGCCAUUGAGCUCCAGUCUACAGCCGAAUUCUGUGCAGGUGUACGUGGAGGUUCUGGACGAGAACGACAACAUACCGUUGACGGAGGUGCCGGUCUACUAUCCCUCGGUACCGGAGAACUCGCCGGCAGGCGUGAACGUUCUGCGGAUACGGGCGUUCGAUCGCGACGUCUCGCCCCAACAAUUCACGUUUUCGAUCACCAGCGGCAAUCCGGAGGGUUAUUUUCUCAUCAACUCCACCACCGGUCUGAUCACGACCAGCGGCAGGAAGCUCGACAGGGAGAACCAGGCCGAGCACGUUCUCGAGGUGACAGUGAGGGACGACGGGAGGCCGUCGCUGGCGUCGACAACGCGCGUGGUGAUCGCCGUGGCUGACAUAAACGAUCAUGGGCCCGAGUUCGAACAAAAAUUCUACACCGUACAGAUCCCGGCUUCUCCGUCGACCGACAAACCCCUGUUCCAGAAAUCGAGGAACCGCUCGCGGGAGUACGACCUUUCGAUCGAUACGUUACUAGAGAAUGGAACUUGGGAGACAUUUAGCCCCGACACCUUGUCAGGAGAUCGUAUCUUCAGGGUUCUCGCGAACGACAAAGACAUCGGCGACAAUGGAAAAAUCCAGUACAGCAUCAAGGGCGGCAGGAGCAAGGGCAAGUUCAGGAUCCACCCGACCACGGGGAUGGUUUACUCGCAGCGAGGCUUCGAAGCCGGCCAGGAAUUCGAGAUGCUGAUAAGGGCGGCCGACAGCGGCGAACCGCAGCGGAGUCAUCAAACACGGGUAUCCGUGCAAGUUGUCGAGAUACCGAAGGAAUCCGAGAACUCGCCAGUCUUCAGGACGAACAAUCAAAGCGUCGAGGUCACGGAGAGCGACGAGGUCGGUUUCCUGGUCGCUCUGGUGCAAGCCACCGACAAGGAUGGAGAUUCCCUGUGGUACGAUAUCGUCGACGGGGACAAGCGGGACGAGUUCUUCAUCGGCCGGGACAACGGGAACGUGCUGCUGGCGAAGAAGCUCGACUGGGAGACGCAGAACUUCUACAAUCUCACGAUCAGCGUGACGGAUAACGUGCACACGGCACUGACGCAGCUGCUGGUCACGGUGAUCGAUAUCAACGAUCACAAGCCGGAGUUCACGGAGGCCACGUACCGCGUCGACAUCUCGGAGAACGUGGAGAAGGGCGAGAGGAUACUGCAGCUGCACGCGACCGACGAGGACGAGGACAAGAAGGUGUUCUACAGCCUGCACGCGGCCCAGAACCAGGCCUCCCUCGAGAUCUUCCACGUGGACACGGUGACCGGCGCGGUGACCUUGAACGAGCUGCUCGACCGGGAGACCAUGGAGGAGCACGUGCUGACGGUGAUGGUGAAGGACCAGGGGACGCCGGCCAAGAGGAACUACGCCAGAGUGAUAAUAACCGUGCACGAUCACAACGACCACGCUCCGGAGUUCAUCAGCGAGAUCAUCCAAGGAAAGGUGUUCGAGACCUCGCCCGUGGGCGCCGCAGUCGUCCAGGUCUACGCCAUCGACAGAGACAGAGGCGACAACGCCAAGAUCGCCUACUCCAUCACCUCCGGGAACGUCGGCAACAUGUUCUCCAUAGAUCCCGAAUUAGGCACCAUCAGGGUCGCUCGGGAACUCGAUCUGAGCGUCUCCUCGGAGUACAUUCUACUCGUGAAAGCCACCGACCAUGGUUCUCCGGCGAUGUCGAACACCGUGCCGGUACACGUGAUGAUCACCAUGGCGGACAACGCGCCGCCCAGAUUCAUCCAGAGAGAACUCUCCGCGGAGAUCUACGAGAACCAACAGAUGGGGACCUACGUGAAGCACGUGGAGGCCAGGAGCACGUCCUCCUUGCAGUUCGAGAUCGUCGACGGGAACAAGGACGACACGUUCUUCGUGAACCCUAGCACAGGCAUAAUAGUGAUCAAGAACGACCUGGACUACGAGAAGAAGAAGUUCUACAACUUGACCAUCGCUGCCACGAACAUGGCGGACGCGAGGGCCACCUGCAACGUGAUCGUCCACGUCCUCGACAGGAACGACAACGCGCCCAGGUUCCUCCAGGCCACCUACAGCGGAGAGAUCAGCGAAGGAGCAAGCAUCGAGUCGCUGGUUCUGACCAACACCAGCACGCCUCUGGUGAUAAAGGCGGAAGACGCGGACUCCGAGCUGAACGCUCUAUUGAACUACGAUAUCGUCGAGGAUCUGCCGAGGAAGUACUUCCGUAUCGACUCCAGCACCGGAGCCAUUAGGACGGUGAUGCUGCUGGACCACGAGAGCAUUCCCAAGUUCACGUUCCACGUGAAGGUGUCCGAUCUAGGGAAGCCGAAGCUGUAUUCCGAGACCACCGCCAAGGUGCUGAUCGUGGUCACCGAUGUCAACGAUUGUCCCCCGGAAUUCAUCGAGAACGAAUACAAUACCACCCUGCUGCUGCCCACGUACAAGAACGUCGCUGUCGUCAAGGUCGGAGCCAUCGAUCCCGACAGUUCCGAGGGUAUACCGCUGAGGUACGACAUCAUCGACGGGAACAAGGGACGCACUUUCGACAUAGACGGUCAGACCGGCGUCAUCACGGUUUAUAACCCGGAACGCAUGAAGAAAAGUUACCUCCUGCGGGUCCGUGUCUCCGACGGGAAGUACUCGAGCGUCGCCCAGGUGAACGUGAUGGUCGAGAAGUCCGAGAACUCCGGCCUGGUGUUCCAGAAGGACGUCUACGAGGGAACGAUACCGGAGAACUCGACGAGGAUCACGACCAUCGCGGUCGUGAACGUCCUCGGCAGCGCGCUGAACGAGCACAUUGUCUUCAGUAUACUGAACCCGACGGACAUGUUUGUAAUUGGAUCGACGUCCGGCGCGAUUCGCACCACCGGCAUUAGAUUCGACCGUGAAGUUUGCGACCAUUACGAGCUGAUCGUGGAAGCGAAGAGCCAGAUGCCGGACAGGGAGAAGCCCAGGGUGGCCCAUGUGAUCGUUAACGUCACCAUACAGGACAUCAACGACAACUGCCCGAUGUUCGUCAAUCUACCUUAUUACGCGGUCGUCUCCGUCGACGCUCAAAAGGGCGACGUCAUUACCAAGGUGCACGCGGUGGACAUGGACAGCGGCGACAACGGCGAGGUCCGCUACGAGCUGAAGAAGGGCCACGGGGAGCUGUUCAAGGUGUGCCGGAAGACGGGCGAGAUCUCGCUGAAGCAGAACCUGGAGGGUCACAAUCGGGAGUAUCAACUGACGAUCGCUGCGUACGACGGCGGCAUCACGCCCUGCUCGAUCGAUGUGCCCGUGAACGUGAAGGUGAUAGAUCGCUCGAUGCCCGUGUUCGACAAGCAAUUUUACACGGACAGCGUGCUGGAGAGCAUCGAGGUGCACUCGCCGCUCGCUUUGUCCAUACAGGCUCAGUCGCCUCUGAAUCGGAAACUCAUAUACAGCAUCGCGAAGCGCAACGAUUUCGAGGAAUUCGCCCUGAACUUCAAUACAGCCCCCGACAGUAACAAUGGUCCUUGUGUAAUCUCUGUGGUGGAUGAGCUGGAUUAUGAACAGAAGAAACAGUACGAGCUGACGGUGCGCGCCACCGACAGCGUGUCCGGCGUCUACGCCGAGGUGCUCGUCAGCAUCCUCGUGCAGGAUGUCAACGAUUGCCCGCCCGAGUUCACGCAGGAUUCCUACAACAUCUCCGUCUCGGAGGCUGCGGCGUUCGGCACCUCUGUGCUGAGGGUCAGGGCCAGGGACAACGACACCGGUAUAAACCAGCAAGUGCGUUACGCGAUCCAAAACGACACGGAGAACAGCACGGACCUGUUCCACAUCGACCCGGAGGAGGGUGUAAUAUACCAGAAGAGAUCGUUGGACCACGAGGCGCACGAGUCCCACCACUUCACGGUGAUCGCGAUCGAUCGCGGCGUGCCCAGCCUCUCGAGCACCGCUCACGUUUGGGUGACUGUCAUCGACAUGAACGACAACCCGCCCAAGUUCGAGCAGCCGUCGUACACGUGUUCCCUGUCGGAGCACGCGGAACGGGGUCAGUUCGUGACGGUGGUGUCCGCCAGCGAUCCAGAUUACGUCGACGAGAAGCUUACGUACACGAUCGUGGGCGGGAACGAGCAGCAGACCUACAACAUCGAUCAGUCGACCGGCAUCAUUUCUCUGAUCAAUAUGCAGAACUUCGGCGAGAAGAAGCUCAGCGUGUUGAACGUGUCCGUCACCGACAACGUCUACACAAGCUUCACGCGCGUCAAGAUCGAGAUACUGCCCGCGAACAGGCACAACCCGAAGUUCCCGAACCCGGUCGUCGAGGUCACGGUUUUCGAGAACCAGCUGCCGGGCCGUUUGGUCAUCAGCGUGAUCGCCACCGACGACGAUUUCGGCGAUUACGGCAGCAUCACGUACGCCAUACCGUCCGACAUGAUGAAGGAGAUCUUCGACAUCAACAGGCUGACCGGCGAGAUCGUCACAAGGAAGAAGCUGGAUCGAGAACAGCAGAAGCUCUACGAGAUACCGGUGAUGGCCACCGACGGCGGCGGCAGGUCGGGUUUCGUCAUGGUCAAAGUCAAGGUCGGGGACGAGAACGACAACUCGCCGGUCUUCCUGCUGAGAGAGUACAAGGCCAGCAUCCACGGUAACUUGAGCUUGAACACUCCGUUCCUCAAGGUCAGGGCGCAAGACGCCGACGAGGACGACGCCGCCAGGAUCGUGUACUCGAUCUACGAGCCGCAGACUUCCGAGGCGAAGGCUCUCUUCGGCAUCAACCCUAACACCGGGGCCCUCUUCUUACAGAAGAGUGCUGUACCAUGGGAGAAUCAAUUGUUCGAGCUGUUCAUCCGCGCGGAGGACAGAGGGACCACGGUGCACCACGCGGACGUCCCUCUGAGCAUCUACAUCAUGGGCCACGAGGACGUGCCGCCUCUGUUCGAGCGCAAAGAGGACAAGUUCUUCAUCCCCGAGGCGUCGGCCGUCGGCACCGCCAUCACCAGGCUAAAAACCGUGACGAAUAACACGGUGACUUACAGAAUCGUUUCCGGGGACGAGGACUCGCCGCUUUUUACGAUCGACUCGCACGGCCAGAUCACUCUGGCAAAACCGCUCGACCGGGAAUUGAAAGAUAGGCAUCUGAUCGGCGUCCUUGCUGAAACCGACUCGAGCCCGCCGCUGACCGCCCUCGCCGAGAUAUCACUGCAGGUGCUGGACGAGAACGAUCACGCCCCGCGAUUCGAGAGCAACCCGUACAGCAUCAGUUUGGCGGAAAACAUAGAGGAGGGAACGUCGAUCCUGAAAAUUAUUGCGCACGACGACGAUUUAGGGAGCAACGGGGAGGUUCGUUACUCGUUCGGCUCCGAUAUCGGCGAGCUGGCGAACGUGUUCACGGUCGAUGCCUACACCGGAUGGAUAUCGACCCUGGUCCAGCUCGACAGAGAGAAGCAACCCGAGUAUAAGUUCCAGGUGGUGGCAAUGGACAACGGAAGUCCGAAGCACUUCGCCAGAACGUCGGUGCACGUGAAGCUGAAGGACUACAACGACAAUGCUCCGGCGUUCGUGGACGAUAGUUACGAGGCGACGGUGAACGAGGACGCUCUGCCGGGGACGGUGGUGGUCAAGUUGGUGACGGUCGACAAGGACUCGGACGUGAACACGCCGAUCGAGUUCUACAUAACUUCCGGGGACCUUAGAUCGCAGUUCCAGAUACGAUCGACGGGCGAGGUUUACGUGGCGAAAGCGCUGGACCGAGAGACGUUGGAUCGUUACGAGUUAGCGAUCGUUGGCACGGACGGCAAAUACGUGUUCAAGACGAGAGUGACCGUCCAGGUGCUGGACGUGAACGACAACCCUCCGUACUGCCUGAGAUAUCGCUACAGAGAGGUGUUGUCCGAGGGCUCGCAUCCCGGCACCUACGUUCUGACCGUGUUAGCGACCGAUUACGACGACGAACCGAACGCGAAGCUGCGUUUCUAUCUGACCGGCGACAAGAACGACAAGUUCUCCCUGGACAAGGAGACGGGCGUGCUGAAGACCAUCGGCCAGCUCGACCGGGAGACCCAGGCGAAGUACUCGCUGACCGCCCACGUGCAGGACAGGGACAAGCCGUCGUGGGAAUGCUCGUCCCAGCUGGAGAUCCUGAUCUCCGAUCUGAACGACAACGCGCCGAAGUUCACGAUGCGCGCGUACAGUGCCACGCUGCCGGAGGACGUCGAGGUGGGCACCUUGGUGACCAAGGUGCACGCCACGGACGACGAUAUCGGCAUCAAUCGCAAGAUCAGGUACGAGUUCGUCGACUCCGCCGACGGACACUUCCUGAUCGCGCCCGACAGCGGCAUCGUCACCCUGGGCAAGCCCCUCGACAGGGAGACCAAAGCGAUGUACAACGUGACCAUCCAGGCUCUGGAUCAGGGCACGCCUCAGCUGAUCAACGUGACCACGCUGAUCGUCAACGUGCAGGACAUCAACGACAAUCCGCCCGAAUUCGCCUCGAAGGUCUACUCGUCGAAAGUGCCCGAGAUUUACGCGGUCGGGACCGAGGUUGCCAGGGUGCUGGCCACCUCGAAGGACACCGGCGUGAACGCGGACGUCUACUACUCGAUCGUCGGCGGAAACGAGCACAAGAAGUUCCAGAUCGAUACUAGAACCGGGGUGAUCACUAUCGUCGAACAGCUGGAUUACGAGCGCGCCAGGGACUACUUUUUGACCAUCCAGGCUGUGGACGGAGGGCUGCCGCCGCUGAGCAAUCACGCCACCGUGAACAUCACCGUGAUCGACAGCAACGACAACGCGCCGAUCUUCAGCGAGGUUUCUUACAGGGCUGCUAUCAGGGAGGACGCGAAGAUCGGGGACAAAGUUACCAAGGUGUACGCGAACGAUUUGGACAGCGAGGAGAACGGGAACGUCUCGUACUAUAUCGAACGGGGCGACAGGCAGAAGCAAUUCGCGAUCGAACAGAAAACGGGGCAGAUUAUCGUCGCCGCGCCUCUGGAUCGCGAAGAAGUCUCGAACUACGUGUUGGAAGUCCACGCCCGCGACAGUGGCAUCCCGAUGUUGUCCAGCUUCGUGAUGGUGAACAUCGAGGUUCUGGACGCGAACGAUAAUCCGCCCAUGUUCUCGCUGUCGAAUUACACGGCGGUGGUGCAGGAGGACAAGCCGUUGGGCCACACGGUGAUGCAUUUCGUGGUCACGGACGCGGAUAUCGAGCCGAACGCCAGCCCGUACACCUUCGACUUCCGUUCCGGGAACGAGGGCGACGCGUUCCGCUUGGAGCAAGACGGCACGCUCCGCACCGCGACCAAGUUCAACAGCCGCGUGAAAGACAAAUACGUGUUGCACAUACGAGUCUUCGACAACGGGAGCCCGCCGCUCUACUCGGACGCGUGGGUGGUGAUCAAAGUGAUCGAAGAGUCGCAGUACCCGCCGGUGAUCACGCCGUUGGAGGUCGUCGUCAAUUCCUACAUGGACGAGUACCCGGGCGGGCUGAUCGGCCGAGUCCACGCGACCGAUCAGGAUCAAUACGACACGCUGCAGUACAGCCUGGUGCCGUCGUCCCCUAUACCGAACGACCUCUUCCGGAUCAACAAGAUGAACGGCUCCUUGGUGGCUCUGCCUCGCCUGGACGUCGGCGAGUACAGAGUGAACGUGAGCGUGACCGACGGGAAAUUCCACUCGUACUCCGUGGUGAAGGUGUUGGUGGACCUGAUAACGGACAAGAUGUUGGAGAACGCGGUGAUCGUGCGAUUCAGAGAGGUCAGCCCGGAGGACUUUGUCCUCAGCCACCGGAAGGGCUUCCUCAGGACCGUGCGUCACGCCAUGUCCUGCAGGCCGAAGGACAUUAUUAUCAUCAGCGUGCAGGCGUCCUCGGACGAGACGAAUCUGAUCAAGUCGAGAGCCAUCCGGCAAGUUGUGCACAACGACCUGGACCUCUUGUUCGCGGUGAAGAAGCCUGCCAACAGCCUGGGAGCUCCAGGGUUCUUUCCUUCGGAGAGCAUCCGCGAGGCUCUGAACCAGCGAAUCAAGGAACUCGAAGACUCGACGAAGCUGGUGGUCGAGGAGAUCGUCAGAUUCAAGUGCAGCAAGGGCUACUGCGUCUACGGGGACUGUCAGGACAAGAUCCAGCUCGACAAGGAGAAGAUAACGGCCGUGGCGACGGACGUGAUGAGCUUCGUGUCUCCCAGGCACAAGCACAAAAUGGAGUGCCACUGCAAGGAGGGCUACGACGGCAAUCACUGCGAGAUGAUAGUCAACGAGUGCGCCAGGGUGCCGUGUCCGCUGUUCAAGAUCUGCGUGCCGGAGACCUCCGCCCAAGGCUACUCCUGCCAGUGCCCCGACGGAUUCGCGGGCCAUACCUGCGACAUCGACAUCACCAAGUGCCACGACGAGUCCUGCUACAUUCCGAGGAACUCGAUAUCCUUCAGCGGGAAGAGCUACGCCCGCUACAGAAUCGCCAAGACGCUGAUACGACAGACGAUCGAGGAUCGCCUCAGUCUGUCCCUGAGAAUCAGAACGGUCCAGCUGACCGGGAACCUGAUGUACGCGGCUGGCAAAGUCGAUUACAACGUUCUCGAGGUGGUGAACGGCGUGGUGCAGUACAAGUUCGAUCUGGGAAGCGGCGAGGGUCUGGUCCGCGUGGGCAGCGUGUACGUGAGCGACGGGAAUUGGCACGAGAUCCUACUGGAGAGAGAGAGCAACAGCGCGAGGCUGACGGUGAACGGGAAACACGUGGCGCACGGAUCGGCGCCCGGCAGCAACGACAUAUUGAAUCUACAGUCCGACGAUCUCUACUUGGGCGCCGAGGUCAGGCAACACCCGACGAUCCUGGGAUUCGAGGACGUGCAGCGAGGUUUCGUCGGAUGCAUGGACGACGUCAGGAUCGCCAGGGUGUCCGUGCCGUUGCACAUGAGCGGCGCGAGCGGCGCGAGCAGCGUGGCCGUGCUGAAACGGUUCGCCAACGUCGAGUUCAGCUGCGACGCCGCCACCGUCCUGGUGCCGCCUGGGAUUUGCGGCUCCCAGCCCUGCCAGAACGGCGGCACCUGCAAGGACUCGGGCGGCGACAUUUACGAGUGCCAGUGCCACAGCCGGUUCAAGGGCCUGGCCUGCGAGAUAGACACCGAUCCCUGCGCCUCUUCGCCCUGCCUCUACGGAGGCAGGUGCAAGCCGGUGCCGGAGAGCAACGACUACGCCUGCGAGUGCACCGGGCCCAGCCUCACCGGGAAACGCUGCGAGUUCGGCAGAUACUGCAGCCCGAACCCUUGCACCCACGGCGGCGUUUGCGAGGAGGGCAACACCGGGCCCAUCUGCAAGUGCCAAGGGUUCACGGGCGACCGUUGCGAGAACGACGUGAACGAAUGCGACGCGAACCCCUGCACGAACGGCGGCACCUGCAUCAACGAGAUCGGGAGCUACCGGUGCAUCUGCCCGCCGAACAUGACCGGUUUGAACUGCGGGAACCCGGCCUACUCGACGCCGAUCAUCUCCAGCCACUUCAACAUCACCUGGGAACAGCUGAUGUGGAUCGGCGUGGCGGUGGUGCUGAACCUGUUCCUGAUCAUCCUGUUCGUCGCGUUCAGGAAGAUCCGGAUGAAGCGCACCAGGGCCAGAGCGAACAACAUCAACAACGAGACCAGGAAGCAGAUCGUGCUGAACUCGGCGAGGCCGCACGAGCACGAGUACAAGCGGAGCUCGAAGCUGAGCAACCUCGAAGUCAUACAGAGAGAACCUCCCCAAUGCCCUCCCAGACCCGCCUCCUACACUCCCAGCUCGAACAACGAGCCGGCCGCCUACGGUAACUCGGCGGCCGUCGCUCUGAAUAACUUGGACACCCUGCGCAGCUACGGUAGCGCCGGCGACGAGCUAGAAAACUUCCCGCCAGACUAUUUGAGAAAUCUGAAUCGAACCACCCCGGUACCCCCUCCCUCCCUAACUCUCGCUAACCCGGUCGGCGGAAACGCGACAGGCAGCGACACGGAUAGCCUGCAUAAGCCGACCUGGCAGGAACAGAUGCAACUAGCUUCCUUCAUCACGGACACGACCAAGAUCAAGAAUGACCUGAAACGAGCGAGCCCAGUGGUACCGGAGCUGACCACUGGAGGACUUCUACUAAAUUCUUCUCGACGCGUGCUUCAUGGAGGUGGGACCUCCGUGGCCUCCAUGACGUCCAUCGAGGAUGAUCCUCGUAUUGUCGGUGGGUAUCACUGGGACUGCUCAGACUGGGUUAGGCCAAGUCAAAACCCCCUACCUAACAUCACGGAGGUACCCGGAAGCGAAGUUCCAGACUCGUCCAGCUUCCACAGCAAUGAGAGUAACGAAUCAAACACUCAUCAGCUACCGUCAGUGCACGGCUCUGUAGAUCCGGCAAGGGACAUCGAGACCUUGAACGAGGACCAGGAGUCGGAGUACGUCGGCGACUCGGAAUGCGGUACCGAGUUCUCGGAGCAGUACCACUGCCCGGAGACGCAACGGCUGAACCCGUUGGACAGCGGUGGCGAGGGUGAAUACAAGUACAAGAGUUCCGAGAGCUAUCUCCGUCAUCCGAACUCGUACUUGCCGCACUACAACAUCCACACGGACACGGAGAACGAGACGAACCCUCUGAACGGACGUCUGAGCACCUUGGAAUCGGACGAGGAGGAGGAAGAGGACGACGUAGUGCCUUAUGGUUUCCCGAGCACGCGACGGAACCGAUGCCACAAGGGGGACGAGGCCGACGAGAUCGGCUCGGUGAUCACCACCCUCGAGGAGAGGAACUCGUUGCUGGGCGGCGCGACCAGCAACAGCGACCUCUCCACGAACCUAUGCGAGAUCGACGACUCCGAGUACGAGAUCGCCGAGCAGAAGAGCAACGGCCGCCUAUGGUUGUCGGGGAACGGAAUCACGCAGACCUCGGUGUGACAAACGGCGGUGAUGACACCGUUCCACAGCCAACUGAACGUGAUCGUGUUCUUCUGUGCUUCUUGAGGAAGACUUUGAGUGCGAAUGCUUGUGAAUAUUACGACAAUUUUUGUACAUAAACACACGCACACACACGAACACACACUAACACAAACAUUAUCAGCGUAGAUAGAAUGAGAAGCGAGAGAAAGAGAGAGAGAGAGAGAGAGAGAGAGAGAGAACGAGAGAGAGAGCGUGAGAGAUGCAUGUGUACAGAGGCAGCUACGAUUUAAGGAAGCGGCGGACAGCCUACGCUGUCGGCUGACCUGCAGACCCUGCACCUGUGGUUCGCUUCAGAUUUUCAGAUAAUUUUAGACCGCACCGAAAGUCCUUUUCCGAACGAACAGAUCAGAUUUUUGUUAACGUUUCAUGAUUUUCUUCCUCUUAUUUGAACGCGACGAUCCAUCUUAUUUGAAAACGGGAAAGACUUUUGGGACUUGUACACAUUUGCUGAAGGAAUCCUUGCAUUCGACACGCUUAGUUUGUUCGCGAUAUUUUUCACCCUCGUUACAUUUUUGCGCCUCAAUUUGACACACUUAUCUCUGAUUUUGAAUAAAUACACAGGGAGGUACGAAACGAAGUGAAAAUUGAUAUCGUUGCCGGUUUUGUUUUCGAGGGAAAUCUAAUUAAUGGUUAUGUUAAAUUAUAAUUUUUAAGAAAUGCGACGACGCGAGAAUUAUCGCCAAGACGAAUCUUUUUUUUUUUAGAUGAAAAACGAGCGAAUAAUUUUAGAAUUAGAAAUGUUAUAUUCCUUAUAAUUUCGUUAAAUAUUUACCCGAGAAAUGAGUACGAGGAUUAGCAUCAAGACGAAUAUUUCUUUUAGAUGAGAAACGAAUUUAUAAUUUUCAGACUAUAAGUUUACGUUCCUUAAGAUUUCACCGAAGACUGGAGUCAGGCCGGAUGCAGGAUCUGCUCGUGAGCCAACGACGUACGUUCGCCCCCCUUGCUGGUACAUCGUACCUCAAAUCUCCUAUGUAGGUAGAGCUUAGGUACUGACGUGAGUACUUAAUUCCUCGAAGAAAUUCCAUGGAACGGCGAGACGCGGAAAAAAACGCGAUAUUUCGGGAGCAAAGUCUUCAUUUUCCGCGAAACAGAGUGUUCAGUUUGAUCGUCGGAGGAUCGCGAGGAUCGUCCGGAUCGCUGUUGUUCCGCCGUGGACCAUUCGAAGCAAAAUUCAUUUUGACGCAUGAACGUUUUGUAUUCUACCAAAGGGGAUGAGGUUUUAGCGAAAUGGAUAUAUUAUAUUAUUAUGGCAACUAUGCGCAACUAUUACGGAAUAAGGAGUUAUCUCGAACUUAAGGAUGGAAUUCGUUGCUUGUGCCGAGUAACUGUUAAACACGACCCGCGGCGUCAGACCAAUGACUAUUAUUUAAUGACCUAUCGUUUAAAAAAAAAAGAAAACUGGAGAGACGUUCGAUCCGCGAGACACUACAUAAUUCCAAGCGCGACGAAAAACCGAGAGGGAAAGUGAAUAGAAAAAGAGAGAGCGCAAGAGAGAGAGAAAAUGAUGGAAGAAUGGUACAUAGGUACAUUUCUGUAUUUUUACUAUUUGCUAACCGGACAUUAUUUUGGUUACGUACGAGGUGAACCCGCGACGGACUACUUAAAUAAUUAAUAAACGAUAAGUAAACAGCGUAGUCUAGCGAGUAAAAAUGAAUUAAUUGACUCUAGUGAAAGGGAAAUGAAGAAUUUCAAUGAGAACAGUGCGCGCUCCGCUUCUAGAAGGGGUGCAAGAUUCUAUUAAUCGCGUGCGCCGUAUGCCUGCGUUUAUCUGCGGCGAGCCACGAGAUAGAUUAAGUGGUGAGAAAUGAACAGAGAGAGAAAGAGAGAAAGAGAAAGAGAGAGAGAGAAAAGAAAAACAGAUUAAUGAGAAUAUUUUUACUGUGAUGAUAAUAAUGUUUAUACGAUGAUCAAAUACUAUGACUUGUAUCAUAAUGAUUGUAAUAUUACCUAUCCGACGUUUUAUAAAAAGGGAUGAAACCGAGCAAGAUAUACGGAGGACAGCAUUCCUCCCUCGUAUGUACGUUAAGCUAAGUCAACGUUCCGUUUGUUCAACUUCCGUUACUUUUUCACCCACCCCCACCCACCCCCGCCCCCUCUUCUCUUGUGUCCUUUUUCUUUGUAUUAUUACUAUUAUCAUUAAUAUUAUUACUAUUACUAUUAUUAUUACUACGAUAUUUUUUUAAAUAGUCUCCUUUCUUUUUUUUUUGUUUUUUUUCGUUCACUCGGAAAUUUUGUCCACUUCAUUCAUCCGGUCACCAUCGGUUCUCGACGACGAAACAUAGCCGUAUACAUAUACAUGGUGCUACUACUUACAUCACGCUUUAACAUUUUUCAUCUACUCUCUGAUAAGACUGCUCAGCAAACCACAUUACACCACCGUACACAUCUACACGUCUACAGAAGAGACAGAGACAUACGAUACAUACAUACAUACAUACAUAUACGAUACGUGCGCGCAGCUGCUCAUUAAUCGAUUACUCUCAUAGUUCUCACACGAUUUUAAUCUCAUCCUCCGAAUCUGUCCAUGUUGUUUCUAACGAGAGACGUUUCUUAAAAACUGCCAAUCGUUGAAUGCCAUAUUUAUAAACAAUGCAUUUUUCCAUUGAUUGAUUUGUGUAGCCGACAACACAAAGGAUCAAAGAAAAACUUAUUUCCGUGCCUAAAUGUUCUUUAGAACACUGUGUACUUCCAUGGAGAAUACUUUUUUAAUUAAAGUAAUCUAGCGGCAGCUUACAAAUAUUCGGUGAAGUGUAACGCGAGUUUUUAUAUAUAUAAUACCUAUACAUGUAUACAUAUGUGUUUUCUCUUUUUUAAUUUUCUCUUUUUGUUUCUUGUACGCGUAGUACUUUUCCCGUGAAAAUUCACAACCACUUUCUCUCUUCUUAUGUUCCUGUCCGGCGACGGACGCCAGCCAUUCUUGUUUAAUUAUUGGGUUUUUGCCGCGCACUGUCGCUUCGUUUUCCGAACGAAGUGUUCAUCUUGAAAAUAAGCUUCGCGUUUUAUAUUGUUUCCAAGCUCUAUCCUCCUCCUCCGAACGUGUCGCGAACUUUUUCAUUCGGCUAAGAACAGUAAAGCGUUAAAUUUAGAAAACAUACAGAAAAUUUCAUAGAAAAAAAUUGCACGAAUGCGACAUUGCGAUAGAUAGUAGACACUGCCAAAAAAUGAUGCGAAGGUCAAAAUGGUCGUUGUUAACAAAAUAAAAUGAGAAACGUUCAGGGUACGUUUUGGAAAAAGAAGGAUAGAGCGGCAAAAUGAUAUGAAAUACGUUUAUUUUUCAAGAUAAAAUUUCACCGGAUACAAUAGCGACAGGGGGUGUGCAUUAAAUCGAUAUUUACGCCGCCUGUACGGUGAGAUAAAUGAGUAAAGCCAACGUUAAAAGAAAAACGCGAAAACAGGGUGACACUUCUUCUUUGCGUUCGACCAAGUGGCGUGCAAGAUGAUCAAACAAUUGUUUCGUUAUUUGCGUGAACUCGAAAAAAACAGCUGUGCCUCCACUCUCUGAAAUUUCAGUGCGGAAACGGACAACGCGGAUACAAUUGACCCUAGACAAUUUAUUCUAUAUUAGAAUGAGAAUAAGGACACUGUACAGUUUUAACUUAACAAAUUGUAUCGGGAAGAGAACAUCUAAGCCAAGAGCAGUGAAAGUUUCAGUUUGCGUCGAAGCACAGUGAAUUUCUUUAACCGUUAAGAUUAGGAUUUAUCAUUUAAUUGCGGAUGGAUCGGCCGAUCGGCGGACACCCUUGUCUGUCCUUGCGAACACGAUCCGUUGGCGGAUCUAUCGAGUCGAUCGGUUUUAGAAGCGACAAAACGAUUCGACCGUAAAGAUAAGGGAAAGAACACGCAAUAUUUUGUAGAGCUUCUGAUCGAUUAUAGUGAUAUUGAUUGCGUUUUUGUAAAUGGAACGUUUCCUGCAAGGGUGGUACGGUUACUGAUUUCGAUUCAAGCAAACCGGAAUUGAUCGAAGAAACAUACGACUGUCCAUUAUCAACAUCUUUGUCUUUUUUUCAAACGUAUUUUCGAUUUCCGAGAUAUGCUUGUCGACGAUUCUCGUUUUACGAUUUCUCCAUUCGACUGCAACUCUUACAGACUAACAAAACUGUUCCAUUUCACGUUUCAUUUAAUCACGAACUUGCCAUAAUCGUACAAUCGCGAAAGAUGUUUAGGCGAACGAAACGAGGGAAAAAAAAGGAAACUUUCUGUGGGUACUACUUCCAAAAUUCACCGUAAAAACACUUUAGCCCCGCUAAUAGGAUACAUAUCGAUUUAUCAUGGAAUCUUUCAGACAGUGAGGAACUUGACUUGUUAUAAUUAUAAGGCUAUAAUUAAUUUGUACAAGAUCAACCUAUUGUAAUAAAGAAAACAAUCUUGCCUA